ACAGCACCCAAAAAGCCAAAGGUUGGUCUAUAUUUCAUUGACAAUUAUUUCUUCUUCUUUGCCCGCUUGUCUUUUUCUUUUUAUUUAUUAUUCUAUCUUUUCUGUUGAAGUUUAUAGUUGGGUAGAUGAACAAACUCUAGACGGAGAUAUCAAUGUUUUGUUUUGUUUCCUAUUUUUUUUUUUAUAUCCCUUAGCAGCCUUCAAUGAACUCCAACUGUUUAGAUGCAUUCAUUCUGAUGAUAUUGUUUUAUAUUGGAACUCUGUACAAGAACAAUCUCUAGAACGGGUUGGUAUGAAUAUCUAUAUGGAGUGAUCAAAAGUUAGCUCUGGUUUUGGUACAAGAAUCCACCAAUAAAAUUUUGUUCUUAUUCAAUCAGGGAGAAUUCAACAUGUUUUUCCUUGUUUCAAGUAAAGGCUGUUUAGUGCGGUUUUAGGAGAGCAAAAGCCAUAUAAAGUCAUUAGGUAAUUUGGCAAAAUUUCCAUGAUCCUUUUCUACCUCACAACAUAUAUCCUACAUCCUUAGAAUCAGAGAAUUGGGUUUUCUUUGUUGGAAAAAGAUGGUAGGGAGUAUAGACACAUUGCACCGGAGUUUGAACUCAAAUGGAUCUUUCUACAACUGUAAUGGUUUGGAGGAGAAACUUGAUGAGCUUCGGCACCUUCUAUGCAAGAGUGAUGGUGAUCCGUUGAGGAUUGUGAGUGUGGGAGCUGGUGCUUGGGGAAGUGUGUUCGCAGCUUUGCUGCAAGAUAGCUACGGGCAGUUUCGAGACAAGGUUCAAAUCAGAAUAUGGAGGAGGCCUGGAAGAGCAGUUGAUAGAGCUACCGCAGAACAUCUCUUUGAAGUGAUCAAUUCCAGGGAAGAUGUAUUGAGGAGGUUGAUACGACGUUGUGCCUAUUUGAAGUAUGUUGAGGCUAGACUAGGCGAUCGAACACUAUUUGCGGAUGAGAUUUUGAAAGAUGGGUUUUGCUUGAACAUGAUUGAUACGCCACUUUGUCCUUUGAAAGUUGUGACUAACUUGCAGGAAGCUGUUUGGGAUGCCGACAUCGUGGUAAACGGCUUGCCUUCCACCGAGACACGUGAUGUGUUCCAAGAGAUCAGCAAUUAUUGGAAAGAAAGGAUCACUGUGCCUAUCAUUAUCUCUUUGUCUAAGGGUAUAGAGGCUGCACUGCAACCUCUUCCUCAUAUCAUUACCCCAACACAAAUGAUUAAUCGAGCAACUGGAGUACCUAUAGAGAACAUACUCUAUCUUGGGGGACCAAAUAUUGCCUCUGAGAUAUACAAUAAGGAAUAUGCUAACGCUCGAAUAUGUGGAGCCGAACAGUGGAGAAAACCGCUAGCAAAGUUCUUAAGACAGCCCCAUUUCAUUGUAUGGGACAACAGUGAUCUUGUCACUCAUGAAGUCAUGGGCGGCCUGAAGAAUGUCUAUGCCAUCGGAGCCGGAAUGGUAGCAGCCCUGACCAAGGAAAGUGCUACUAGCAAAUCAGUGUAUUUUGCACAUUGUACAUCAGAAAUGAUAUUUAUUACCCAUUUGUUGGCUGAAGAACCAGAGAAGCUGGCAGGCCCUUUGCUGGCUGACACUUAUGUGACAUUGUUAAAAGGUCGUAAUGCAUGGUAUGGCCAAAUGUUAGCCAAAGGAGAACUAAGUCGAGAUAUGGGUGAUAGCAUCAGCGGAAAAGGAAUGAUUCAGGGAGUGUCUGCAGUAGGAGCAUUUUAUGAACUUCUGAGUCAAUCGAGCUUAAGUGUGUUGCAUCCAGAUGGAAACAAGCCUGUUGCCCCUGUUGAGUUGUGCCCUUUAUUGAAGACGCUCUACAAAAUUCUUAUAACAAGGGAGAAGACGGCUGAAGCGAUUCUGCAGGCACUGAGGGAUGAAACCCUGAAUGAUCCUCGAGAGCGCAUCGAGAUUGCCCAGACACAUGCAUUCUAUAAACCUUCACUUCUAGGCCAGCCUUGACAAGUUUGAUGCAUACCAAGAUUUCAAGUUUAAAGGGAACUAAUCAUAUGUAACCAAUUGUUUCAGAAUUCAACAUGGUGUGUCAUUGUCAUUGUCAUAAAUAUAGAGUACUGCCUUUAUCCGAAA